UGUAAGGCCAUAUAGGAGGGGGGCGUGAUUUGUGUACCCUAGCCUCCUAUAGCUAUAUAGAGCUAGAGCUAGCUAGAGACAUGAGGGUGAACCGGCUCAGUGUAGGUCUAUUGUGUAUGAUUUGCUAUAGAUCUAUAUGUGGUUACGGACUUGGAGCUAAGCUCUCCUUUCAGGAGUUUGGAGUGUCUGGACCUGCAGAAAUAUUGCUACCACUCGGUAACGAUUUCUCAGAUGGUCCAAUCUCUGUUUCUGGCGGAGGUAUUCCUUACCUUGAAAUGGAAAUGGCAACAGAUCUCUAUAUCUCAGACAACGGAUUAAUCUCACUGAAUGCUGAGUUUGUGGAUCCCCCCCAACAGGGAAGUGACUUUUCUGCAGCAGAUGGGGAAGGAGUAGUUAUAAUUGCUCCAUACUGGUCUGACAAUGACAUACGAUUGUCAGGCCACGGUUUUGUCAGAUAUGAAGAGUAUCCGUCUACACAUCCACAUCCAUCUGUGGGUGCCAAGUUAAAAGAAGUCAGUGAGUUUGUUUCGAAUGAGACGGGGACAGUGUUUAGUGGAGUUUGGAUGUUACUGGUGGAGUGGAAUAAUUGCCCACCGUUUCCAGCUGGUUUUAGUGGACCAAUUGAUCCCUCUAUCGAUGCUAACUUCCUGUCUUCUAACAACAGUUAUCAAGCAAUUGUGAUAACUGACUCAGUAUCACAAUCUUAUGUCAUCUUCAUUUACGAGUGCGACCAAAUAAAAUGGAGUGGACGUGACUCAAAUCAUUCUCGUGUUGGAAUUUCUGAUGGAAUGGGCACGUCAUACAUAUACCCUAUGAGCGGAAAUGCAUCGAUUGUUGAUAUUGACUGCUUGAAUAGUCCAAGAUCUAUGAUUGUCAAUAUACUUCUGGAUUUAAAUACUUUUACACUAGUAGAGCCAGUCAUUCCCUCGGUUAUCAGUUCAAGAAUGACACUACCGUCUUCACUGGAUAUUGAUUUAGUCAGUCCUAGCGUAAUCGCAAUGUUAUCAACUCCAACACAAACAUUAAAUCCUUCAGUGUCUGACUCAGUCAAUCUCAGCAUUAUGUCAAAUCCAUCGCAAACACCAACUCCUUCGGUGCUUGAUUCAGUCAAUCCUAGCAUGAUUGCAAUCAUGCCAACUCCAUCACAAAUGCUAGUACCGGUAUCGACAGUUACGGUGGAUGUGACUCUAGGAAACCAAGAAACAAGUAACAAUGUAGCUACAGUUACUGUAACUCCAGCCCCUACAAAUGUUCAAAAUGAUACUGCUGGAUCCAUGAACACUCCUGUUUAUGUGAUUAUAAUUCCUGUUGCUGUUGCUGUUAUGAUGAUUAUCAUCGGCACACUAAUCUUCAUCUUCGUGUGUAUGUACAUGCAUUUCAAGAAAGCGAAUGUUACGAAAGUCAGACCAGCAGGAAAUCUAGAGGUGAAGUUAGUUCAACUGAACUAAUUAAAACUGAAGUAACACUACAUAUACUUAUUUUUUUUAUUGUGUUAUCAACAAUUUUUUUAUGUUGUCAUAAUUAAUUUUUCACCCACAUGCAUCAUUAUUUAUUUUAGUAUACACAAAUUGAGA